GGGAUCAAAUUAACAGCACCAUAGAACGAGAAAAUCAAAGCAUCCUUAGUUUGAGAAAUGGCGAUGCAGAUACACCCAGCAAUCGCACCACUCUCGUACUUGCUUGGGACGUGGAGAGGCCAAGGCGAGGGCGGCUUUCCCACUAUCAAUUCCUUUCAUUAUGGAGAGGAGCUCCAUUUCUCUCAUUCUGGCAAGCCCUUUUUAGCAUAUAGUCAGAAGACGUGGAAACUGAGUUCUGGAGAGCCCAUGCAUGCUGAGACUGGCUACUGGAGGCCCAAGCCUGACGGUUCUAUUGAAGUCGUUAUUGCUCAAAGCACGGGUCUUGUUGAAGUUCAGAAAGGGACAUAUACUGCAGAAGACAAAACAAUUAAGCUUAAGAGUGAACUUGUGGGGAAUGCUUCUAAGGUGAAGGAGAUAAGCCGAGUUUUCGAGUUGGUAAAUGGAGAUCUGUCUUAUGUGGUACAAAUGAGUACCAAUCUUACGAGUCUUCAACAGCAUCUGAAAGCUGUGCUCAGGAAACACUGAUUGUAUGAUGCACUUCUACAGAUUGGGAAAGAAUAUAAAACACAUCCUCAAGUACUUGUUCAUGCUGAUGUCUGCUGCAGCUUAAUGCUCAAAUAAACAGUGAUGAAUAUUUCUGUCUCAUUCCAGAUAUAGAAUAUUUACAUCAAAUGUUAUUGAAUCCUUUGGAGAAUUUUUUGAGAGUGGGUUGUAAUUUAAAACAGCAUAAUUGAAAGGCUUCUU